AUGUCACCUUGUGCCGUGAAAGAUUCUCAGGAUCGAUAUGACGAGCUGCAAUGCUACCUAUACUCGGAAACUGAGCCUAUGAACGAGCUUCUGAAAUGCUGCUAUGACCCUUCUCAUCUUUUAAACCAGGAAAACUGUCAUGAUGAUGAAGAUGAUGACCAGUCGGACUGCUGCUUUGACUAUUGCUGCUUUGAUAAUUGUGUUGAUGUUCCCGAUCACGAAAAGUCGAUUCAGGAGACAUUGUCUGAUGCUACGUCACCGGACAGACAGAUCAAGCUCGAAACCUCUAACUCCUAUUCUGCGUAUUUGAAUCGGGAUGGGCGAUCUAAUCUUUCGUACAAUCAACUGCCUGGCAAUAAUGAAGAUAAGCUCGGGACAAUGGAUUUGCUCGCCAGUAUGCUCCCCUGUGCUGCUAGUCCAUCCAAAGCUUUCCCACAAGCUAAAGUGAAUGACCUGAGACAAGAAGACAAGAACUUGUCACAGUCACAUCAUCAUCACAUGCAUUUUGAGGACCAAUACAAUGGGAAUGUUGUGCGACAUGAUAUUAUCAUUCCUUCGAACAUUCAUACUCAUUUGCAUAGCCACAGCAACCGUCAUUACGUUGACCACGAACAGGUGCAGCCUGCUGCUCUGAAUCACCAUCACCAUCACCAUCAUCACCAGCAUCACCAGCUAAAUCCAACACAUGCUGCUAUCAAGGAAGAGGAGAAUCACAAGCACAAAAGAGUGAAACUGGCCCAUGGAGAGCCUUCAAAUUUCAUAUCAUGCAAAUGGAAUGGCUGCAACGAUGAACUAGACAGCUCCUCUUUUAACCAGCAUAUACUCGACUCUCAUAUCAAAGCCAAGUCAGAUACGUUCGACUGUGAAUGGAAAGAGUGUUUUUUUUCAGCAGAUAACCUUGACGAUCUUCUGCUGCAUGCCGGAUUACAUUUGGGCGAAUCCCCAGUGCCGAUUGAGACUUUGACAGAUAUCUCGGCUAAUGAGAAACCUGCAUCUAACCAUCCCGCUUCACAUGCGGAGCAUACAUGCCUCUGGGUUUUGGAUGAUGGCUCGACCUGCAAUGAACAGUUCAUGACCACAACAGAUCUAACGAAUCAUGUUAUAGAUGUUCACGUUCAAUCCAAGAAGUCUGAAUACACAUGUCGCUGGAAAGACUGCACUAGAGAAUUAAAGCCUUUCAUGCAACGUCAGAAAAUCAUCAGGCACUUGAAUACCCAUACCAAACACAAACCAUUUGUGUGUCAUUACUGUAUGAAAAGCUUUUCUUUGGAAUUGAUGCUUGAGCAGCAUUUAAGGACCCAUACUGGAGAAACCCCGUUCAAAUGUAAUGUUUGUGGUAAAGAGUUCAAAACCUCGUCAUCUUUCACAAUACAUCAAAGAAUACAUACGGGUGAAAAGCCCUUAAAGUGUCAGAUAUGCGGUAAAAAGUUUAGGGAGUCAUCGAAUCUCAACAAACACAUGAAGACUCAUACGAGAAAAUUCAAGUGCGAAUGCUGUAUGAAAAGUUUUGAUGACGAAGCAAAGUUUAAGAAGCACCAGGCAUUAUGUCAAGAAAUCGGGCGUCCAAUUCUAAAUUGCAGUUGCCUUGUGGACCAAGAGAUCGGUAUAAAAGUAGGACAAUGA